AUGUCUGUGGAAAGAUCUUUGGAAGCGUGGGAAGAGGUUCAGCGACAUGGGCAAGACUUAGCUGACCGACUUGCUCAGGGCUUUACGGGUUUGAUUCAGAUCAACCCACCUUCAUUUCCAUGGCCGAAUCAUCAGAAACUGAAGCUUUUCGAUCUCGAGUUCCCCAGUCAGCAAUUCGCGAUUAGGGAUUCGAGGUUCUCCGUCGACCAACCCAUCAACGGCGUCUCUGCUAUUCUCGACAUCGGGAACAAGAUUGGUCAAGCCGGUGUUGAUUUCGGCGCUGGAUUGAACGUGAUGGUUCAGCAAUUCUUCAGGAGGCUGCCUUUGCCAUUUCGGCACGACGAGGACGCGUCUGUUUCUAUGGAGAGAGUUGCGAUUACAAAAGAUGACUCGAGGGUUUCGAAGGCAUAUACUGCUUCCUCUGUUACUGUGACAGAGGAGAAAGCUACAGAAUUCGAUUUGAGGAUCGCUGGAUUACUUGGGAGAUCAAAGGGAACGGUUGAGAUAUCGUCAAGUUAUGACAGUAGAACAAGUGGUACGGAACAUUCGUUAGCAGCCAGGGGAGAUCUUUGGAGAGUAGAAGCUUCUACUACAUCAAGUUCAUCUUCAAGAGAUGAUAGUCCGUCUCUCUUUCUUCUCCAGCUUGGACCUCUGUUGUUUCUGCGCGACUCAACUCUCCUCUUACCUGUUCAUUUAUCAAAGCAACACUUGCUCUGGUAUGGAUAUGAUAGACAGGAACUAAUUCUGCACAUGAAACAGUCAUUUGUAGAUUUGCAGUUCCCAAAUGGACAAUUAACGUAUGUAUCUGGUGAGGGAUUGACGACAAGUGUCUUUGUUCCUUUAUGUGGCGGUCUUCUUCAAGCGCAAGGUCAAUAUCCAGGCGAUAUGAGGUUUAGUUUCUCUUGCAAGACUAAGCAAGGAACACGAAUCACGCCAAUGGUAAAUUGGCCUGAAAAAUCAUUCGGAAUCGGUGUUUCUCAAGCCUUGACUUGGCGUAAGUCCGGCAUCAUGAUGAAACCAGCGAUUCAACUUAGUGUGUGCUCUACAUUUGGUGGAAACAAUCCCGGGAUGAAGACUGAGGUUAUUCACUCGUUGAACGAUAACAUCAAUAUGAUAUGUGGCUGCGAGUGCGCUCGAACCGCUUAUCCUUCAGCAUUUGCAUCUGUUUCCUUUGGUCGGUCCAAGUGGAAUGGGAACAUAGGACGAAACGGAAUAGUUGUUAGAGCUGAUACUCCUCUUGGAAGCGUUGGUCGACCUUCUUUCUCCAUCCAGCUUAACAAUGCUUUCGAGUUCUGA